GGAAAGUUGAUAUUCGAUGACAGUGAUUACGGUGCUGGUGCUAUGACUAAUCCUCCUGGAGCUCAUUCUCCUCAGUGUCUCGGGUGAAUAUGAACACUCAUUAUAAGUUACAAAACAAAUCAACAACGAAUGUAUAGAAUAACGAUCUAGCAAGAUGGAUGUGAUUGCAAUGUAAUUUUAGAGUUUUAUAUUGAGAAUUUGAAGCGAUUACAAACAAUUUUGAAACCAUUUUCUUGUGUUGAAAUGGAACCUACUCCGCCCAAUACGAUUCUUAUCAAUCCAGCUAGUCCCAACAAUGGGAAUUCGCCAGAUGUAUCUGUAGCUGUAGACAAUAAUCCGCCGAGCCCAGUUUCUUUGGCCGCCAGCUCUACUUAUGGGGACAUUCCGCCACCAAAGGCAGAUUAUUAUGCCCCACCCCCAUAUGAGGUGGCCACCACAGGUACAAAAUUACCUACUUAUGAAGAAGUUCAGAGAGAAAAACAUCUGGAAGGCCAGGAACUUCCAAUUCCCAUCAACUGUCCAAGUACAAGGCCCAUUCCUUUUUGUCAGCCUGGACAGAGAGUGAUAGCAAUUGACACAGAUAAUCCAGAUGAUGUGGACACUUCCUUGUUAGGAACUGAUUUUAUGUUCUACAUUGCAUUCUUUGUUGCCUUUAUCUUCAACUGGAUAGGAUUCUUACUGUUGAUGUGCUUUUGCCAUACAAUUGCUUCACGAUAUGGAGCCCUAUCAGGGUUUGGUCUGUCUUUAGCCAAGUGGACUUUUAUUGUACAGCAUUCAACUGAACUAGCAUCAAAAGAUAACAGUUGGUUGUGGUGGUUGAUAAUGACAUUUGGCCUCAUUAUAUGCAUUCGUGCCAUACUGCAAUAUUUAAGUAUAAAAAGGGGUUGGCAUAUGCUUUCAGCCAGCCAUCAAGAGAGGCUCCUGUUUUUCUACUAAGCUUCAAGAAAUCUCAGUGUGAAUAAGUAUUUACAGCUUUGUUAUACUUCUGCUAAUUUUAAAUGUGUUUAGAAAUAUUAUUGAAUUGUCUCAUUCCUUAUUUUAUUGUAAUUUAUCAACUAUUAUGAAUUCAAUAUACCUAGUAGAUAUUGAAUUCAAUUUGUGCAAAUUCUACUUUUUUAGUACAUAAGUAUAUAUUUUUUGUAUAUCCAAACUUCACAUUGUAACACUCCUAUAGAGAAAUCUCUGCACCAAAUGCAAGAAGAGAAUUAAAAAGUUGGUGCACAAUGACAAUAUUUUUGUUUCCCACAAUAGAUUAGACAAUGUGAUUAAUGUUCAGGCAGUUCCAAUGAGUAUAAAUAAUAGAUUAUUUAUACAAUUA